GCAAGCCACUCUAACAGUACUUAGAUUUAUGGUGCAGUUAGAAUGGCAGCGAAAAGUCAAAUAUGUUCAGUGUGGGUCGGGUCGGAAACGGGGAUAUUGAAAGGAGUGAGUCUGACCAAAAAACAAGCUUUCAACUUCUGCGAGAUGAGUUGCCUUAGUCGGGACCAGGAGGUGUGUGCAAUGGCAUGGGCCGAUCCUCACGAGUCAGAGGUAUUAGUUGGCUGUGUGAAUGGCACAGUGAAGACUUUUAGCACAGAGAAGGGGAUCUUCACAGAGAACAGACAGUGUGGUGAUGUCACACAGGGAAGAUUCACAGGGCUCGCCGUCACAGACAGUUCUCUCAUCACGUGUGUGGAGUCUGGGCUCCUGAAGGUCUGGAAGGAGGGCAGCACAGAGACAGUUGAGAUCAAUGCUGGCGCUGCCGUGUGUCGAAUGAGACAAAAUCCAGCCCAUCGCCAUCGAGUAGCCACUGGGGGCAAAGAGAACCCGCUCAAAGUUUGGGACCUGGAGAGACCAGACACUCCUAUAUUCACCGCUAAAAAUGUGCGAAAUGAUUGGCUGGACCUGCGUGUGCCUGUGUGGGUGAGAGACAUGGCCUUCAUCCCAGACUCUGACAAGAUAGUCACAUGCACCGGACACCAUCAGAUCCGCGUGUACGACCCGUCCACCCCUCAGAGACGACCGGUUCUGGAGGUUCAGUUUGGAGAGUACCCCCUCACAGCGCUCUCUCUGCCUGCCAGCCAGGGCUCUGUGGUUGUGGGCAAUACGCACGGGCAGCUGGCCGUCUUAGAUUUGCGGAAAGGCCUGGUGCGUGGGUGUCUGAAGGGGCUGGCAGGGGGGGUGCGGGGGCUGCAGUGUCACCCCUCUCUCCCCCUGGUGGCUUCCUGCGGUUUGGAUCGUUUUCUGAGAAUACACAGCCUGGAAGAUCGCUCUUUACAACACAAGGUGUACCUGAAGUCACGACUCAACUGCGUGCUGCUUUCUAGCAGAGGUUUGGAGCAGAGUGAUGGGGACGUUAACGGAGAGGUGGAGGAGGUGAAGGUGGAGGAGGCGGACGAGGGCGAUGAGGUGUGGGACACCAUGGAGACAGUAACAGAGAAAAGGAGAAAACGAAACGCAGGAGAAGAGGAAGAAGACGGAAAAGUCACAGAGAAACACGCCAAGAAAAAAAAAGCGGCGAAAAAUCUGUGAAUGUUGCUCGAAUAAAAGACUGCGGUGUGUUUUGUAGAUAAAGUUGCUGUCUCGUUACUUAAAGUGAAAUGUUGUCUUCAGUCCGUUUGUCACGUGGACUAAACCGGUUCACGGUGCACGACCUU